AGUAGUGGUUAAAACAACCGUAAACCCUAGUACUUUAAAUAAACUCAUAAACACUCUCUUCGCCGGUCUCCCAAACUCUUCUUCUUCGUCCUCUCCUGUUGCGUUAUUCUCGCCAAUUCCAUUUCACAGUCACGAUUCUGGGCCAAGAUUGCUGUUUUUCCAAUUGGGUUCAAUUCUUGAUUGUUUCCAAUUAAGUUGCGAGGACUUGUUUUUUCUUUCUCGAUUUGGGUUUUGUUUUUUUGAACCCAUAUGGAUCUUCCUAGCCUGGCUGUUGUUCUUCAAGCUGCUCUCAGCCCCAAUCCCGAUGAGAGGAAGGCUGCUGAGCAAAGUCUGAAUCAGAUUCAGCAUACCCCACAACAUCUGGUGAGGAUGCUACAGAUUAUUGUGGAUAAUAAUUGUGACUUGGCUGUUCGUCAAGUUGCUAGCAUCCAUUUUAAGAAUUACAUUGCUAAGAACUGGUCUCCCGUUGACCCAGAUGAACAUCAGAAAAUUUCUGAAAGUGAUAAAGAUGCAGUCCGGAAAAACAUUCUUCCAUUCUUGUCACAGGUUCCAUCGUUAUUGAGGGUACAGCUUGGGGAGUGCUUAAAGACUAUCAUUCAUGCUGAUUAUCCGGAGCAAUGGCCGAGUCUUCUUGAAUGGGUGAAAGAAAAUUUGCUAGCUUCAAACGUUUAUGGGGCUUUAUUUGUGUUGCGAAUUCUUGCUAGAAAAUAUGAGUUUAAAUCAGAUGAUGACAGGACUCCUGUCUAUCGAAUUGUUGACGAGACAUUCCCUCUUCUACUCAAUAUAUUUAGCAGACUUGUUCAGAUUGGUGACCCUUCUUUGGAAGUAGCGGAGUUGAUCAAGUUUAUUUGUAAAAUAUUUUGGUCGUCAAUAUAUAUGGAGAUUCCAAAGCAUCUUUUUGAUACACAUGUGUUCAAUGCUUGGAUGAUGCUAUUCUUAAAUAUACUGGAGAGGCCAGUCCCCUUGGAAGGCCAGCCUGCAGACCCUGAACUUAGAAAAUCCUGGGGGUGGUGGAAAGUGAAGAAGUGGACUGUUCAUAUUUUAAAUAGGCUUUACACCCGGUUUGGAGAUUUGAAACUCAAGAAUCCAGAAAGUAGAGCUUUUGCUCAAGCAUUUCAGAAGAACUAUGCUGGGAAGGUCAUGGAAUGUCACUUAAACUUGUUGAAUGUGAUACGUAGUGGUGGCUAUUUGCCAGAUCGAGUAACCAAUCUUAUUCUUCAAUAUCUAAGCAAUAGUAUUUCAAAGAAUAGUAUGUAUUCUUUGCUGCAACCUCGACUUGAUAGUCUGCUUUUCGAGAUAAUUUUCCCCCUUAUGUGCUUCAAUGAUAACGAUCAGAAGCUUUGGGAUGAGGAUCCCCAUGAAUAUGUUAGGAAGGGUUAUGAUAUUAUUGAGGAUUUGUAUAGUCCGAGGACUGCUUCUAUGGAUUUUGUCAGUGAGUUGGUUAGGAAGCGUGGGAAAGAAAACCUUCAAAAAUUUAUCCAAUUCAUCGUUGGAAUUUUCAAUAGGUACGACGAAGCAACUAUUGAAUUUAAGCCCUAUAGACAGAAAGAUGGGGCUCUUCUUGCCAUUGGAGCACUCUGUGACAAAUUGAAACAAACAGAGCCCUACAAGUCGGAACUUGAGCGCAUGUUAGUUCAACACGUCUUUCCUGAAUUCAACAGCCCUGUUGGGCAUCUCAGAGCCAAGGCAGCAUGGGUUGCUGGACAGUAUGCCCAUAUCAAUUUUGCUGACCAGAACAAUUUUCGAAAAGCCUUGCAUAGUGUUGUUGCUGGGAUGCGAGAUCCUGAACUCCCUGUUCGCGUUGACUCAGUUUUUGCAUUGCGAUCUUUCGUUGAAGCUUGCAGAGAUUUGAAUGAAAUCCGUCCAAUCCUUCCCCAACUUCUUGAUGAGUUUUUUAAACUUAUGAAUGAGGUUGAAAAUGAAGACCUUGUAUUUACUCUGGAGACAAUAGUUGAUAAGUUUGGGGAGGAAAUGGCUCCUUAUGCACUUGGAUUAUGUCACAAUUUGGCUGCGGCUUUCUGGAGGUGUAUGAAUACUGCAGAAGCAGACGAAGAAGCUGAUGAUCCUGGUGCUCUUGCUGCAGUUGGUUGUUUGCGUGCAAUUAGCACAAUUCUUGAAUCAGUGAGCAGAAUUCCUCAACUGUUUGUCCAGAUUGAGCCAACCUUGCUCCCAAUCAUGCGAAGAAUGCUGACAACUGAUGGCCAAGAGGUUUUUGAAGAAGUCUUGGAAAUUGUGUCAUUUAUGACGUUCUUCUCCCCUACAAUAUCUAUGGAUAUGUGGAGUCUUUGGCCACUGAUGAUGGAAGCAUUGUCAGAAUGGGCUAUUGAUUUUUUUCCAAAUAUACUUGUUCCAUUGGACAAUUAUGUAUCCAGAGGGACUGCGCAUUUCCUCACCUGUAAAGCACCUGAUUACCAACAAAGUCUUUGGAACAUGAUUUCCUCAAUAAUGGCUGACAAGAAUUUGGAAGAUGGUGACAUUGAGCCGGCUCCAAAGCUUAUUCAAGUUGUCUUUCAAAACUGCAAAGGUCAAGUUGAUCAAUGGAUUGAACCAUAUCUUAGAAUCACAAUAGAACGCCUGCAACGAACUGAGAAAUCAUACUUGAAGUGUCUUCUAAUGCAAGUGAUUUCUGAUGCCCUUUACUAUAAUGCCUCAUUAUCACUCAACAUAUUGCAAAAGCUAGGCGUCGCAGCAGAUGUAUUCAAUCUUUGGUUCCAGAUGCUUCAACAGGUUAAAAAGAGUGGCGUUCGAGUUAAUUUUAGAAGGGAACAAGAUAAAAAAGUUUGCUGCUUAGGAUUGACCUCUUUGCUUGCACUUCCAGCUGAUCAAUUACCUGGAGAGGCUCUGGGGCGUGUGUUUAGGGCCACCCUGGAUCUCUUAGUUGCUUACAAGGAUCAAGUUGCAGAAGCUGCAAAAGAAGAGGAAGUUGAAGAAGAUGAUGAAAUGGAUGGUUACCCAAGCGAUGAAGAUGAUGACGACGGAGAUGGUUCUGAUAAGGAAAUGGGAUUUGAUGGGGAAGAUGGUGAUGAAGUUGACAGCAUCAAGCUUCAAAAGCUGGCUGCACAGGCAAAAUCUUUCCGCCCAGAUGAUGAUGAUUUUGAUUCAGAUGAUGAUUAUAGUGAUGAUGAGGAGAUGCAGUCUCCUUUAGAUGACGUGGAUCCUUUUCUUUACUUUGUAGAUACAAUCAAAGCUAUGCAAGGAUUAGAUCCGAUGAGGUUUCAGAGUCUUAGCCAAUCAUUAGAGUUCCAAUAUCAGGCUCUAGCUCAUGGUGUUGCGCAGCAUGCUGAACAGCGGAGAGUAGAAAUUGAGAAGGAGAAGCUGGAAAGGGCAGCUUCAGCUGCCUCUUCGUGACCGCAAGUCAGAUAUGUCACUUGUAAGGCUAAAAUUUUGAAUUGCUCUCCUGGUCCCGAGUUCAUUGGUUUAGUAAAAUGAUUGAUUGAAUGCAAAAAAAGUUGCUGCCAUUCUCUUGAUUUGACUGGUUCAGUGUUCAUGGAUGAUGUCUGAGCCUCAGAAAGUUCAGGUCUGAAGUUGCUUGGUGCAGUGGUGCAGCCAAGUUCCCAUCUCUAGAGACAAUGCAAAUUGUCCCGAGUUGCCAGAGUCGGUUACCCUUGACCCAGACGGUUUGGGUUGGGUUGAUGGUUCUGUGAGUCCCAUGCAUGUGAUGGCAGAACAUAACUGCCUAUUGUAGUUUGUCUCGUCUCAUUUUGGCCCCAGGCAUAUUUCACAUAGAAUGUUCCAUACCUCCCAUUUUUUUCUCGUCUUAGGUCAUACAGAGUCUACUAUUUUUUGAUAAUUCAUUCUUUUUUUUUUCAAGAUAUGUUGAACACGUCAGUAUAUUUCUGGGUGGUUAUUCCUCGGCUGUAUUCAUAAAAGUCCAAAAUUUUAGGUUAGAAUUCCCUCCGUCGGUGACCCGGUUUUGCGACGGGCGACGGAGUUUUUGCUAGUUUGGGGUUGACUGCAGAGGGCUACUAAGGGUAGCUUUUGAUACUUUUUGGAUUGUGGCUGCUGUUUUUGAUUCUUUAUAUUACUAUUAUCAUUAUAAGUUGUGGGAUUAAUGAGAAGGAAACCUGUUUUCUUGCCUUGCUCUA